UGUGGGUGCAAGAGGCGCUCACUUCUGCAGCUCAAAGGGUGAAUUCAGGUUUUCUUAGUGCAUUGGCUGCCUACCAGUUUACCACCAGAUCCAUCCAUUAUGGUUGACCUGGUGGGGCUGGACAGCUUGGUGGCUAACACAGCGUAUCUGAGGGCUCAGCAGAGCAAUCGCACUGAGCUGAGAAUGCACAGAGUGUCCCUGACACUGCCUAAGCUGAAGAAGUCCUCCCCUCCAUGGGAAGCAGUGGAGAAGACGUACGAGUCGCUGUGUGAGCAACAGCCGAUUGGGAGAAGGCUGUUCCAGCAGUUUCUGCUGGCGUCUGGCCCGCAGUCUGUGGCUGCCGCUAAGUUCCUGGAGGAGCUGAGCGACUGGAGCUUCGCUGAGGAUGUCACCAAAGAAAUAGCCAAGCAGAGAAUCCUCUCCAAGUUUUGCCAACCCCAGUCUCAGACCUUCCUCUCCUACCUGACAGGAGAGAACAUUGAAAGAUGCAAGGCUUUAUCAGACAAAAACUUCGAUGAAGCAGCCAUGGAGCGGCUAGGGGAAGCAACAACGGAAUUCUUGAAAGGAAAACCUUUUUUGGAAUACCUCAAAAGCCCGCACUUUUACAGGUUUUUGCAGUGGAAGGAGUGUGAGAAGCAAAAGAUAACUGACAAGUAUUUUUAUGAAUUUAGGACUUUGGGAAGGGGGGGCUUUGGUGAGGUGUGUGCGGUCCAAGUGAAACACACAGGCCACAUGUAUGCCUGCAAGAAGCUGGAAAAGAAGCGGCUGAAGAAGAAAAGUGGCGAGAGGCUGGCCCUACUGGAGAAGCAGAUCCUGGAAAAGGUCAACAGCCUCUUCAUUGUGAACCUGGCCUACGCUUAUGAAAGCAAGACCCACCUGUGUCUGGUCAUGAACCUGAUGUCUGGGGGGGACCUCAGGUUUCAUAUCUAUGAGUUAGGGAAGAGAGGUAUUCGAAUGGAGCGCGUGGUUUACUACACAGCACAAAUAUUAACCGGCAUCUGCCACCUGCAUGCCAUGGACAUCGUGUACCGUGACAUGAAGCCUGAGAACGUCCUGCUGGAUGGGAGAGGCCAGUGUCGACUGUCAGACCUCGGACUGGCUGUGGAGCUACCAAAUGGGAAAACCAUCUGCCAAAGAGCUGGUACGACCGGCUACAUGGCUCCGGAGCUCCUGAGGCAGCAGUACUACCGGACCUCUGUGGACUGGUGGGCUCUGGGCUGCAGCAUCUAUGAGAUGGUCGCUGCUCGACUGCCCUUUAAAGACUUCAGGGAGAAGGUGCAGAGCGCUGAGGUGACUCGUCGCACGCUGGAAGACGAGUGCAGGUUUGAAGACAAACGCUUUGAUCCUCCAACAAAGGAUAUUAUUAUCCACCUGCUCAAGAAGAAGGCCGCGCAUCGCCUUGGGUGUCGAAAGGGGGAUGAUGUACGAAACCACCCUUUCUUCAAAAAUAUCAACUUCCUCCGACUGGAGGCAGGGCUGGUAGAGCCGCCCUGGGUGCCAAAGCCUGACGUGGUCUACGCCAAGGACAUCGAUGAGCUUCGGGACCACUCAGAGGUCAAGUACAUCCAACUUGACACCAAAGAUGAGAAAUUCUUCAAGGAGUUCAGCACGGGCGCUGUCUCCACCCAGUGGCAGAGGGAAAUGAUCGACAGCGGGGUGUUUGAUGAGCUUAGUGACGCUGAACUGAAUGGACACGAGAAUGUGUGGAAGUCCAAGAUGUGCAUCAUUUUGUAAGCAACAUCUGUCCAGAAUUUGCAGCUGGAAGUUUUAAUACUUGAAAAGUUCAUUUAUAUCAUCAUUCUAAGUGCCAUCUGCUAAAUGAAGCAGCUUUUUGUUCUCGCCUUUAUUUCUGAACCUCAGCUUUUACCUGACAGAUGACAAACAGGCCAAUUAGAAGUUAAUGCUGGACAUUAAGCUAAGUAAAAUCCAAAGUUUUGGACUCCAUACUGAAACUCGGCUCCUCGCUUUCUGUUUAGAUUGUAGUUCCCAGUGGAUUUGUAGUUUCCUUGACAUCACUCAGCCAUCUUGGCAGACCAUUGUUUACAUAUGUUUGUAGACAAGCUGCAUAAUGGUUUUGCCUCGGUGACUUCCAGCUGUUUUAAUAUCAAAGCUCGCAGUAAUAACACUUCAUAUUCUAUGAUGAGUGAUGCAUCAUUCAAAUACCACUGGAGCCUUUAUUUGCUUACUGGAAAGAGUUGGAUCACACGCAGAAACUUACACACGUUCACCACUAGAUGCCACCAAACACCAACAAAGUGCAUUCAUCCUCAUCGCCCCUGUUGAGAAGGUAUUUACAAGCAUUUAGUCCUUCAAUUAGUCAUCAACCAUAAAUCCUAGGGAAAAACUAUCUCUCUCUCUCUCUCUCUCUCUCUUACACACACACACAUAAACACGCAUACACACCAGUUUUAUCCAGAAUAAACACCCAAACGCCCCCUGACACAGAUUGUUUAUGUUUGCAUUCUUGUUUAGUUUUCACAAGCUGCUACCUCAUAGAUAUUUAGAUUUCCUUUACCGAAGUAAAAAACUCAGUCAGCAGCAGAUUUAUGCUUGUUGUUUGUUAACGUCACUGAAUUUCCUUUCAGACUGAACCACACCAGCCUGUCAGGUGCUUGAUACAGCUGAAUUCUUACUAAUAGUUUGUAAAAGUUUUCCAACUAGUGCCAUCACGAUCACAGUUUGUUAACUAUUGUAAAUAAACAUGUGCAGAUGUCUGUAGUAUCAUCCUACUUGAGCACAAUGUUCAUAAUUGUUAGCUACCGUUCCAUUUCAAAGCCAGUUUUGAUGGGUUAAGGUUUCAGUUCAAGAUUCUGUUCUACCUAAGCUUUAAUUGUCUGAUAUAGUAGAUGUCAUGGUGGAUUCAAUGAUAUGAGCUGGUCAGGUCCUGAUGCAGCAAAGUAUCCCCAAACCAUGACAUUUACACCUCCGUGCUUCACAGCUGUCUUGAGUUGCUUUUCCUGGGAUGCAGCCAUGGUUUACACAGACACUUUAUCUGUUCUGAUGUCCAAGUUAUGCAAACACGAAUGUUUAAAGAACGCUAAUCCGGAAGUCCUGGUUUUUGCAAACUUUUGUCCAACCUUGAUGUUUCAAAGGUUUCCUCUUAGCGCGUUUUCCAUGAAAGGUAAAGUAGUGGUGUUUCUUUCCGAUUGUAGAGGGCAUGCAUUUUCAGAUCAACGGUAGCAGGAGGAUGCAGUAGGUCAAAGUGAAAAUGUUUAGGGCUUUAGAAGACUUUUUUUUAGCAUCGUACAGUCAGCUCUCUUUUAGUGCUCAGGGUUUGUUUACUUGGAGCUCCUCAGUGCCAUUCUACCAUUAGGACAUAUAUUUACAUACAUGGAGGUGGGAACACAACUGUUACAGAUUUGGGUAUUUCUCAGCAUUUAUGUAAUCAGUCAGGUCAAAUCUGAAAAAGUUUUCUUUAUUACUGAGUUUUAUAAACAAUGAGAAUGCACAUUAACUCAAGUCAUUAUGACCUUCUUUUUUUGCCAACCGUGUUUCUGCUCUUGACUGCUCAUGCUUCUAAUUUAGCUUUAAAAGAGUAUAGUCCUGCACUUUAUUCUCUAACUCUGUGUUUAUCCUACUUCUAUUCAUUUUUCUGCAUCACUUCUUGUCAUUUCUCUAAAUAACGACAACUAAACACUCACAGCUACUGACAGAGAAAGUUCUGAAACUUAAUUUUAUCUUCUACAUGUAAUAGUUAGAUGGACAGGAGGGCUGGAGGAGCCAGAUGAGAUUGGUGCGUAACUCAAAUUAGAUAUGUUACCAUUCAGUAUUCACCACAGACUUUAUAAAUUAAGUUUUUCUUAAGCAAUAUUGCAUUUUAUGCAUUUUUUAUUUUACACACAGUCAGUGCCAAACAUUAUUCUGUAAUAAUACUUUGUAUUGUUAAUGUGACUCGUAGUGAGGCAUUCUUGAAUGGAUUGCAAUUUUUGUCAAAUUUUCUUAAUUAAAUAUGAAUAAAGAUGAAUUUUCCAAAGUAUGGUUGAAGCAAAUCAAUUGUUUUUGCUUAAAGGGUUUUUGCUGCCAGCAAAAGAGCCAUUGCAAUAAAAAUGACAGGGUUAGCAUCUUGAUGCUGCUCAUUAAAACUCUGAUCUAUCUCUUUUUGACUAUAGAGUUUCAGUCUGAAAUGCAGCUUACAUGUCUUUAAAACACACCCGCCAAAUAUUAGAACUACAUAACAACGUGACAAUUUCUAAAUCACAGUUUUGAACGUGUCACUCACAGCACUGCUUCAAAACCUCAGACACACUUAGGUAAUGAGGGACACAUAAACAUGUGUUGUGCUAAUUCCUGUGAGGGGGUGACCUUACA